UCUGUGUUAUCUAUUGUUGUACUUCCCUUUCGAUCAAUAAUUUUAAGUGCGACUUUGUUAAAAAGGUACAAGAAAAUACAAUAUACUAGUUAAUACCUAAAUACGAAAUAUAUUAUUAGUUAACUAUAAGAUAUUCCACUAUGUCCUCCAUCAUUAAUAAAUGUAAUGAUGACAAUAUACCUCUGGCUGAUGACGAUCCUCAAGUGAUAAUAAAUGACGAAGUAGACAUUAACAGAUUGGAUCAUGGACGAUCUAUGGAUUCUUUACCCAGCUCUUAUACAGGCGGCUCCUCAAGUCCAGGAUUAAACGGACCGCAAAGCUUUGAGCCUGAUUCGGGUAUUGAUGAGCAAGAAGAAAAAGCUCGUCUAAUUUCACAGGUGCUCGAGUUACAAAAUACUCUGGAUGAUUUGUCCCAAAGGGUUGACUCUGUUAAGGAAGAAAAUCUGAAGCUGAGGUCUGAAAAUCAAGUAUUAGGUCAAUACAUUGAGAACUUAAUGUCAGCUUCUUCAGUCUUUCAAUCAACUCCUAAAGUUAUUAAAAAGUAAGAAAAUUGGUAAAAAUAUAUAAUAAAUGACCAAUAAGCAUAUUAUUCUUGACUGAAUCUCAUGGUAUGUAAUACUGGCCCAGAAUAUAUAAUUUUAAGGCUGGCUAAAUCACUUGUAAGCUUAAAGGUUAAUGUCCCCAUUGUGGCACAAAUUUAAAUUUGAAGAUAAGCUUAGCUUUUUGAAAGCAGUGUUGUAAAUUUAGUAGCUUUCUAAUAAAGGAUUAGGGUGAUAUUUAAUUAUAUUAUAGAUAUGAUAUAGUAAUUAUAAUGGAGUUAGUAAAUAAAACAACAUAAUUAUUAUUGUAAUUAUUUUAAGAUUUAGUUUAGAAACACUCAUAUUAUUAUUAAUAAUACAGAAUUGCACACUUUGCAAAUAAUAACAUUCCUGUUUAACAAAUCUCACAGACAGCUAUAGUUUGUAAUAUAGACUGUACUGGAGUUCGACAACCUUAACAAUAUUUAUUUCAACUGUAAUAUGAAAUCUAUAAAAAACAAGGAUGUCAUACAGUUUUGUUAUAAACUCUUAAAGUCUUUAGAACACAUCUUCGAUUUAAAAUUACUAGAAGAUUUUUUCUCCUCUAUCUGAGAUACUUAUAUAUACAUAAAUACAGUUUUUAUAUAUAUUGGUAGGCUGAUGUAUACCUUUAUUAAUCACUUUUGUCUAGUUUUUUAUUUAAACUUGAUUGAUGUAUGGAAAUUUAGAAAUAUGAGAAAAUUUUGCUUGCUUUUUAAAUGUUGUUACUGCCUUGAAUUCAUUCUUUAAAGCACCUUAGUUAUAGUUUAAGUGUAAGUUUAUGUACUCAAAAAAUUGUUGUUCAAUAUAAUUUUGUUAAUAUAUAUAUUUGAAGCACAACAAA